AUGGCAAGCAUAAAGCCCUUCCGGUUUCUGGCCGCCCCUACGCGGCAAGCAAUUGCGUCUGCACCUCGGCGCACGCUCCCUGCUCUCCAAGUCCGCCACCACUCAUCUAAGCAUCCCAAGGGCUUCGAGCCGCCUUCGACAGCUGAUUUAUCAGAACUGCGUGCGAGCGUGCAGGAGUUUGCGCGCCGUGAGAUCACAGAGGAAGUCGCCGCGCGCACGGACAAGACAAAUGCAUUCCCCAAUGAGAUGUGGCCCAAGUUGGGCGAGGCUGGUUUCCUCGGCAUGACGGCCGACGAGGACUAUGGCGGCCUGGCCAUGGGAUACCAAGCGCACUGCGUGGUGCUGGAGGAGAUUUCCCGGGCCAGCGGAUCGAUUGGUCUGAGCUAUGCGGCACAUUCACAGCUCUGCGUCAACCAGCUUCAGUUGAACGGGACCACCGAGCAGAAGGGAAAAUAUCUCCCGGGCCUCAUUGCAGGUACAAGCAUCGGUGCGUUGGCCAUGUCUGAGUCGGGUGCGGGCAGUGAUGUUGUGAGUAUGCGCACCACGGCCAAGAAGGUCGAUGGCGGAUACCUCCUCAACGGCACAAAGAUGUGGAUUACGAAUGGUCCCGAUGCGCAUAUCAUAGUGGUUUAUGCAAAGACAGAACCCGAGAAGGGGUCCAAGGGUAUGACGGCGUUUAUACUAGAGACAGAAUCCAAAGGCUUCAGUUGUGCAAGGAAGCUGGAUAAGAUGGGUAUGCGCGGAAGCAACACAGGCGAGCUUGUAUUCGAAGAUGUAUUUGUUCCUGAGGAGAAUGUGCUGGGCAAGAUCAAUGGUGGCACUCGGGUAUUGAUGGAAGGUCUUGACCUUGAGCGAUUAGUCCUCAGUGCUGGGCCACUAGGUCUCAUGCAAGCCGCUCUGGAUAUUGCUCUGCCAUUCACACAUCAAAGAAAGCAAUUUGGUCAGCCAAUUGCGCACAACCAAUUUGUCCAAGGCAAACUGGCAGAUAUGUACACGAAGCUGCAAGCAUCAAAAGCCUACACGUACAGCACGGCCAAAGCUGUAGAUGAGGAGGGUUUCAUCAAGACGCAGGAUUGCGCCGGCGCCAUUCUCUACGCGGCAGAAAGAGCGACUGAGUGCAGUUUGGAUGCUAUCCAAGUUCUUGGUGGUAUGGGCUACACGGAAGAAAUGCCGGCCUCAAGGAUACUGAGAGAUGCAAAACUGUAUGAGAUUGGCGCAGGGACGUCAGAGAUCAGAAGGAUGGUCAUCGGCAGGGCUUUUAACAAAGAGUAUAAAGAUGCGUGA